AUGAAUCGAAAAAAUAAAUUAUACCAUUUUAUAAAAAUUUUUACUCUUGUUAUUAUAUUCCGGACAUAUCUUUUUAACAGUAAUGUGAGUAUAUUUAGUAAAUCCAUGGUUGAGAACUGUAAACUUGAUAAAAAAUUAUAUACAAGAAAUUAUCGAUCACUAUCUAAAUAUAAACAAAACAACGAUUCCUAUAUUGCGAGGUUAAAAGAAGAUAUACGAAAUAAAGGAAAAUACGAAAAAGAAGAUAUACGUAAAAAUGAAAAAGAAACAAAAGGAAAAAAUAGCAAUUUAAGUAGAACUCCAUUAAAUAGGGCGCAAUACUACACGGAAGUUACAGAUUAUAAUAAUGGAAUGUUUGACGGAAAGCAUUUCCAUUUUGAAAAAAAAUGGAUUAAAAAAAAAGAUUAUGAUAAAUUUCUUGAAAAGAACAGGAAAAUUAGUGAUAUAUCUUUAAAAAAAAUAAAAUUUAGAAAUUAUAAAUAUGGAGUUGCCUUACUUUUUUUUUUUUUCUUUGUGGGGAUAGGAAUACCGCUGUCACCAGGUUUAACAUUUUUAGAUUAUAAAUGGAAAGAUAUUAAAAAGGUACUUGGGGAAUCGUUCACAAGAGCUAUGAAAACUAUAUCAGAAUCUAUGGGAGAAUAUUCUGAAAUAAUCCUUUUUAUCUUUCUUAUGAUUAUAUUAUCUAUUAUACUCAUAUUAGUGAUUUAUAAGAUAUUACGAAAUAAUGAAAAGUAUAAUAAAAUUAAGUUGAUGUCUGAAUAUGACAAAUAA